CCCUCACCCACGUCAGCGUCGUGACGAGCAACACCAAAACCUCAGAUUCUGACGCUUCACCGCCCACAACAACAGAGAACACCGCACCCUCACUCGGCUGUAACCGCGUCGUUUGUUUACUUCCCCAUCGCCUCUGACGCGUCCUCCUCGGUCGCGUGUCUUCUCGCCUGUCUUUCCUGAUCCCGGGCACUCCUGCCUGUUGCACCCGCUGCACCGCCUGCCUUCCCCUUGGUCGUCACCAUGUCUCUUCCCCAGGACUCCCACGACCCCGCCGCCAGCGGACGCGACCACGACUCUGAACCCGUCGUCAUCACCGCGACCCCCGUCCAGGUCCGCCGUCCAGUCGUCCCUCCUUCGUUCGCCCAGCAAGCCCCGCCGCCCUCGGCCGCUACCCACACACCCCCUCCGUCCACCACCUCAGCCUCCGCGCCCAAUGUCACCGCAGACCAGCCCUCCCAGCACCAGCAGCAACAGCAGCAACAACAGCAGACCACGGACCACCACCUCCUUCUCGACUCUGGCGUCGCUGAGGCCGCGCUUGCAAACAUCAUCACCGACCCCGCUUUCGCAGAGUCCUCAGACCAGAUCUCCUCUCAGCUCCAUGUCCACGAAUCAGAGAGCGCGCUCGCGCAGGCUGUCCGCGCCGUCCAGGCUGCGACCGAGAGUCUUGAAAGUCGCAUGCAGCUCUCGCUGCCUUCUCAGUCCUCCCCUCAUAAGCCACGUCGACAGUCAGCGUCCCUGACUGGCGUUCAGCGAAACGCAGCAAAUGCCGCUGCUGUCGCUGCCGCCGCCGUCGCCUCUUCCUCCGCCUCGGCAUCAACCCCCGGAUCAGGCGCAGGCGCCCGUCUCUGCAACCGCUGCAAAGCUCGCAAGCCAGAGGCCUUCUGUGACUCGUGCCGCGAGCAAAGCCGUCAGCACACGUCCGACACUCGCAAGCGCAAGCGUGAUUCAGAGCUCGCCGGCGCCGGCAUGGCUGCAGGUCUUCUCGGCCGGACUGCCGCAGGAUCAAUGAUUUCUGCCGACGGCAGCUCUGUCCCUGCCUCUGCCGGUGGUAACGGUGAGCAUUCCGGCUCAAACACAAUGACGCUCGGAUCUGGGAACAACGCGGACCCCUUCAUCAUCUCAAACUACUCUGAGUUUGCUCGACUGUUCCCUGUGCCGGGCAGGCCAGGUGACGACGACAACACGAUCGAGGUUGAUCCUGAAACCAACAACGGCAUGACGCACGUUCCCUUGCAUCAAAAGUCUUUCAUCCUACAAUCCUGCGUCUCGCUCGACGGAGGUCUCUCGACCAUCGACGACAUGCUCAAGGACGUCCACGAAGAGCCCGUCGAACUCUUCAAGACUGUCAUCCAGCGUAUAUUUGACAUCUCGGGAUACUACUUUGCCCGUCGCGCCCGCACCAAGUCGCCCAAAAGCUACCGUAUUCAGUACGUCUGCUCGCAAGUCGCGGAUACAUCAAACAACCGCAACCCGUUCAAGCCCGCAAAACGUUCCCGCUCUCGCAGAGAGCUCUACAACUGCCACGGCCGUCUCAUUCUCGCGGCGUCCUACACAGACCACAGCGUAGUGGUCAAGUACACGCACCACAUCGUCCACGGCUCCGCCACCAGACGCCGCUACCUCUCUGAAGCGGUCAAACGGCACAUCAUGAGAAACCGAGAGAAGCCGCUCUCGGUGAUCUUUUCCGCUAUCCGCGACCUUGGUCCCGAAGCUGGAUCGCAAGCUGAGCUUGACUCUGUCACUCGUAAGCAGGUUUAUAUCUUCCUCAAACGGCUCGAAGAUGCCGAGCGCUCGUGGCAUGCCGCGUCGGCGGAAGGCGGAGAGAACGGAGGAGGGCAAGAUUCUGGAGUGCCUGGCGGGCAACAGAAGGUAGAUCCUCAUGAGGAUGUGCAGGGUGUUGUGGUCGGUAACAGGCCUCGCCAUAUGACGGAAGAGGAUUUGAUUUUUGAGAGACUAGCGGCGGAGGAGGAUUAGGUGCUGUA